UCCAACCCUGGUCACUGCCGACACUGGAGGGCCCCUGUCCCACACUGGUUGCUGCCAGCUCCUCUGAGUGCCUGGAGGGAUGUGUGUGCCAGCCCUCGGUCCAGUGCCCACUCCUGAGGUGACGCCUGCUGGUUCCCAACUGGUUCCUGUUUUUCCUCUGCACGUAGCUCCCUGGUUGGACAGCUGCUGCCCGGGAGAGGUGACCCGGGCACCCCGCUAGGGCGACGGCCCCUGCCCCAAGGGCCGGGAUCAUGAAAGGCCUCGGUGACAGCCGCCCCCGCCACCUCUCCGACAGCCUGGACCCACCACACGAGCCCCUGUUCACAGGGCCUGACCGCAACCCCUACCUGCUUUCACCCACAGAGGCCUUUGCCCGCGAGGCUCGCUUCCCUGGGCAGAAUGCCCUUCCAGGGGAUGGUCUCUUCCCACUCAACAACCAGCUGCCACCACCGAGCAGUACCUUCCCCCGCAUCCACUAUAACUCCCACUUUGAGGUGCCAGAGGAGAGCCCCUUCCCCAGCCAUGCCCAGGCCACCAAGAUCAACCGGCUGCCUGCCAACCUCCUGGACCAGUUUGAGAAGCAGCUGCCCAUCCACCGCGAUGGCUUCAGCACUCUCCAGUUCCCCCGCGGUGAGGCCAAGGCCCGUGGUGAGAGUCCUGGUCGCAUCCGCCACCUUGUCCACUCAGUCCAGAGGCUUUUCUUCACCAAGGCACCCUCACUGGAGGGCACAGCAGGCAAAAUCGGUGCCAAUGGCAGCAAGAAAGGUAGCUUGGAGGACAGCAAAGGCCGGAGGGCCAAAAGCAAGGAGCGGGCCAAGGCUGGGGAGCCCAAACGGCGCAGCCGCUCCAACAUCUCGGGCUGGUGGAGCUCUGAUGACAACUUGGACGGCGAAGGGGGUGCCUUUCGCAGCAGUGGACCCGCCUCCGGGCUGAUGACACUGGGCCGCCAGGCAGAACGCAGCCAGCCACGUUACUUCAUGCACGCCUACAACACCAUCAGUGGGCACAUGCUCAAAGCCGCCAAGAACAAUACGACUGAGCUGACUGCCCCGCCACCCCCGCCUGCACCCCCGGCCUCCUGCCCCAGCCUUGGGGUGGGCACCGACACCAACUAUGUCAAGCGGGGCUCCUGGUCCACUCUGACCCUCAGCCACGCCCACGAGGUCUGUCAGAAGACCUCAGCCACCUUGGAUAAGAGCCUGCUAAAAUCCAAAUCCUGCCACCAGGGCCUAGCCUACCACUAUCUGCAGGUACCCGGCGGUGGCGGCGAGUGGAGCACUGCACUGCUGUCCCCGCGUGAAGCGGACACCACAGCGGAGGGCCACAUCCCGUGCAGACGCAUGCGCAGCGGCAGCUACAUCAAGGCCAUGGGCGACGAGGACAGCGACGAGUCUGGCGGCAGCCCCAAGCCCUCACCUAAGACGGCGGCGCGGCGCCAGAGCUACCUGAGGGCCACGCAGCAGUCGCUGGGAGAGCAGAGUAACCCCCGCAGGAGUCUGGAUCGCCUGGAUUCUGUGGAUAUGCUGCUGCCCUCCAAGUGUCCGAGCUGGGAGGAAGACUACAACCCCGUCAGCGACAGUCUCAACGACUCCAGCUGCAUCAGCCAGAUUUUUGGACAGGCCUCCUUGAUCCCCCAGUUGUUUGGUCAUGAGCAGCAGGUACGGGAAGCAGAUCUGAGCGACCAGUACGAGGCAGCCUGCGAGUCGGCCUGCAGCGAAGCAGAGUCGACAGCAGCGGAGGCACUGGACCUGCCGCUGCCGAGCUACUUCCGCUCCCGCAGCCACAGCUAUCUGCGCGCCAUCCAGGCGGGCUGCUCGCAAGAGGAGGACAGUGUCUCCCUGCAGUCCCUCUCCCCACCGCCCAGCACCAGUAGCCUCAGCAACAGUCGCACGCUUCCGAGUUCAUCAUGCCUAGUGGCAUAUAAGAAGACCCCACCACCGGUCCCUCCACGCACCACGUCAAAGCCGUUUAUCUCAGUCACGGUCCAGAGUAGUACUGAGUCUGCCCAGGAUACCUACCUGGACAGCCAGGACCACAAAAGCGAGGUGACAAGCCAGUCAGGCCUGAGCAACUCAUCGGACAGCCUGGACAGCAGUACCCGACCACCCAGUGUGACACGAGGCAGAAUCACCCCAGCCUCUGAGGCCCCAGAACCACCUCCAAAGCAUGCAGCUCUGAAGAGUGAACAAGGGACGCUGACUGGCUCCGAAUCCCACCCUGAGGCCAUCCCGAAAAGGAAAUUGUCAUCUAUAGGAAUACAAGUUGACUGCAUUCAGCCAGUGCCAAAAGAGGAGCCCAGUCCCGCUACCAAAUUCCAGUCCAUCGGGGUUCAGGUAGAGGACGACUGGCGAAGCAGUGCCCCCUCUCACAGCAUGUCCUCCCGACGGGACACCGAUUCAGAUACCCAGGAUGCCAAUGACUCAAGCUGUAAGUCAUCUGAGAGGAGCCUCCCAGACUGUACCCCACACCCCAACUCCAUCAGCAUCGAUGCCGGCCCUCGGCAGGCCCCCAAGAUUGCCCAGAUCAAACGCAACCUCUCCUAUGGAGACAACAGCGACCCUGCCCUAGAGGCAUCAUCGCUGCCCCCACCCGAUCCCUGGCUUGAGGCCUCCUCCAGCACCCCAGCAGAGCCAGCACAGCCAGGGGCCUGCCGCCGAGAUGGCUACUGGUUCUUGAAGCUACUGCAGGCAGAAACAGAGCGGCUGGAAGGCUGGUGCUGCCAGAUGGACAAGGAGACCAAAGAGAACAACCUCUCUGAAGAAGUCUUAGGAAAAGUCCUCAGUGCUGUGGGCAGUGCCCAGUUACUGAUGUCCCAGAAAUUCCAGCAGUUCCGGGGCCUCUGUGAGCAAAACUUGAACCCUGACGCCAAUCCACAUCCAACAGCCCAGGACCUGGCGGGGUUCUGGGACCUGCUACAGCUGUCCAUCGAGGACAUCAGCAUGAAGUUUGAUGAGCUCUACCAUCUCAAGGCCAACAGCUGGCAGCUGGUGGAGACCCCCGAGAAGAGGAAGGAAGAAAAGAAGCCACCCCCUCCGGUCCCAAAGAAGCCAGCCAAAUCCAAGCCGGCAGUGAGCCGUGACAAGGCCUCCGACGCUGGGGACAAGCAGCGUCAGGAGGCCCGCAAGAGACUCCUGGCAGCCAAGCGGGCAGCUUCUGUGAGGCAGAACUCGGCCACAGAGAGCGCAGACAGCAUCGAGAUUUAUGUCCCCGAGGCCCAGACCCGGCUCUGAGACCAGGAAGCAAACAGUUUUAAGUCAUUUUUAAAAACCACACAAACUAAAUGCGAAUGGAACAAAAAUUUUCUCAACCUUUAGUAUGGUUAAUCUAUCCAGAGACCCUGAGCCAACUUGCAAAUUGACGCAUUACAAGGGCUCACAAUUUGGCUUUUUUGGGUCCCUCCCAGCUUUAGGUUAUGAAGACUUCACACAAAAAAAGUCAACAAAAACAGAACUGUAAAACUUUUUUUUUCCUCUUGCUGGCCGAGGUGGACUAGAUAGGUGGACUUCAGCAAUUCCCCGGCCCAGCCUCCAGACUGCAGUCUUUUUACUUGUUCUAUCUAAUGAGAACUUACACUAGCUUGUUUACAAGACGACGACAGUCCAAGGGAAGCCUUGGGCACCUGCCAUGUCCUUCCUUCUUUUCCCAGCAACCCUGCUCUGACCUCAGAGUUUUCAUUCUUCCGUUUCUCCUCUCCCUUCAGAGCUCACACAGGGGUCACCAUCCUGACUGGCGGCUUCCUGGUUCUCAGCCCUCUAUGGUUGGGAGCCCAGAGGACAGAGAUGGACGUUCAUUCCCUCCCCCGCCAAGUGCUCACACACAAUCACACACAUGCACACACACAGAUGUAGGUUCCUCUCAGCAGAAGCAGCCCUCGCCCUGAUACCUACCAGCCCUAGGCAGGGUGGGCGGGUGACAUGCCUCCCGGAGACCGACAAGGUUUAAGUCUGGGGGUGGGGGGCGGGAAUGAGAUGAAAGCCACAGUAUCACACUCCAGAAUCCCACCUUUUUCUUCUCUCCAGCCCCUUCCUUCCUUCAGCAAAAUGUCUGACUCAGAGUGACUCACAGGGGACACUUGAGAGAGGGACCCCAUUUGUCUGUCCCUGGCUGAG